ACAAAAAAAAAAGUUAUCAAUGGAGGGCCCUUUGCUGACCGAGAGAGAGGACAUCAAAAUUGAUGGCGAUUCUUUAUCAAAUGAUGAGCACAACAUCGACAUUACAGUCAAUGAGGAUUCUUCAUCACAACCACAUGAGGCUAAGAAUGUUGAAUGGUGUAACCCAUGCACAGAAUCAAGUGUUUGGUUUAUCGAGCUUGUUAUGAACUUGGUCCAAGUUGUUGCAGCCAUUUUUGUCACGACUCAGGCAAAAGAUGAACAUCCAGAAACAGUGUUUCUUGUAUGGAUCAUCGGUUACACUUGUGGCUGUGUUGCCAUUCUCCUUAUUGAACUUAUAGUCUGUGUUUUCUCAUGCGUCGAUGAGGACACCACCGACUCUUUGAAGAAUAUUCUUAAAUAUUUCUUCGUGGUUUGGGUUGUGCUGCUCAUUUGGAUUUAUUCUAGCUGUUUAUCAUCUCUAUAUGAUAAUACUCAUACUCAACAUUUCUGGUGCGUUAUGUGUGGGUUUUGUUGCUUUCACUUGCAUUCGUAUGGAUUUGCGCAGCUGUGCUAG